AUGGGAAAGAACGCUUUGAAUAGCGACAAAGGUCCAGUACCAUUCUCUGACCUGUACAGCCUAUGUGUAGAUGCCAGCCAAUCAACAAAGGUCGGCCAGCCAUUGGAUUCAAAUAAAAGAACCAAUCAAGGGCCGUUUGUAAAUAUUGCAAUAAUAAUCGUUUGCGGAUUUACAAGAAUUACAUUAGAUGAUUAUACGGAAUUUCUAAAAGUUUAUUUGGGUAUUCCAUUACAUGUAAUUUUUUUAAAUGCCAUCAUUGGAAUUGUUAUAACAUUUUUUGGUAUAAUUGGCAAUAUUUAUAACAGUAUACUUUUAUCGAUAAUCCAUUUUGCUCUAUUAUGUAUAUUAAUAAUAAGUGAGAUAGCUUUAGUAUUUAACUAUAAACAUUUAUAUUGGAAAGAAUCAACUACGCCAGAAAUAUCGAGUUCAAUUAUGCAUCAUAUAGAAAGUUAUGUAUCUUCAAAUUAUUCGAAAUAUCAAGUUGAUCAACUACAAACAAGUUUACAAUGUUGUGGAUGUACAGAUGUGACAGAUUUUAAUAUUGUUAUUGAUUAUAUUCCAAAAUCAUGUUGCCCAAAAGCUACGACUCAUCCAGAUCGAUGUGAUCCUUUAAUUGAUUUUUCUUACAUAUUUGUUGAUGGUUGUUUAAAUGUUCUGAGUGAUGUUGGCGAUUAUGAAAAAUGGGUUAUAAUUUAUUUACUAUUGGGGCUAGCAGUGACACAGAUUCUAUUUAUUCUAGCAUCAUGGACUCUUAUAAUGAAGCUUCCAACGAAACAUAGUAAUUCCAACCAUAAAAAGCCACACACGAAAGCAAUAAAAUGAGAUUUCUUUUUUAAAGUUAUAACCAGCUGCG